CAUUCCGCCCCGUCAGGACUUUGCACAAUAGCGCCACGCCUCCUUUGGGGCGCCAGGUCGGGUAUAAAAGCCCUGGGGGCGACGUGGUCUCCAAGCACGCAGUCCUUUGGAGCUUCCAGCUGCAGCCAUGACCAUGGGCAAGAUCAUCUUCUACGAGGACAGGAACUUCCAGGGUCGUUCCUAUGAGACCAGCAGCGACUGCGCCGACAUGUCCUCCUACCUGAGCAGGUGCCUCUCCUGCCGGGUGGAGAGCGGCUGCUUCAUGGUCUACGACCGCACAAACUACAUGGGCAACCAGUUCUUUGUCAGGAGGGGCGAGUACUCCGACUACCAGCGCAUGAACAUGAGCGACUGCAUCCGGUCUUGCCGUAUGAUCCCCAUGCACAGAGGCCAGUUCCGGAUCAGGAUCUUCGAGCGGGAGAACAUGAGCGGCCAGUCCAACGAGCUGCAGGAGGACUGCGACAACAUCCUGGACCGCCUGCGCAUGAGCGACUGCAUGUCCUGCAACGUACUUGACGGCCACUGGCUGCUUUUCGAGCAGCCCAACUUCCGGGGCAAGAUGAUGUACCUGAGGCCCGGCGAGUACCGCAGCUUCAGGGACAUGGGCAUGAGUGGCACUCGCGUCAUGAGCAUGAGGCGCAUCAUGGAUUCCUGUUCUUAGAUGCCGAGCUUUUCAAUAAAAAAUCCCUUUUAAA